CCGAGACUAUCCCGCAAGCUGCGCAGCAUUGCAUGCGUACGACGUCAUUGCAAUCGAAAAUAACAAUGGCGACAUCCAGCAAAGAUGCUGGGACAUCCACUGCAUCCUCUUCAUCUGUAAAGACAGAUCGAAUGAAGAGAUUUAGGGAGCUCCAUCUUCGCAGGAACGAGGCAAGGAAAUUGAACCAUGCAGAGGUUGUUGAAGAAGAUCGUCGUCUGAAACUGCCAGCAAACCAUGAGGCCAAGAGAAAAAGAGCCGACUGGAUCUUACAAGAUGAUGAGAAGAAGAAGGAAGCAGAGGCGAAUGGUCAGGACUACGAGAGACUAAAGCUGCUUGAGGUGUCAGCAGAAGAAGCUGACAGACUUGAGAAGAAGAAAAAGAAGAAGAAUCCAGAUCAAGGCUUCGCUGGUUACGAAGCAGCGAGUUUCCGACAGUACCAGAGGAAUACCAAACAGAUGAAAGUGAACAUGGACGAAUAUGAGCGCAAGAAAGAGAAAAUGGGUGAUGACAUGUACCCUGGGAUGGACACCAUCAUGCAGGGGAACUAUAAAGACUCGGCCGAAGGGAUCGACCGCAUGGUGACCGACCUGGAAAAACAAAUUGACAAAAGAUCCAAGUACAGCAGAAGACGCGCCUUCAACGAGGAGGACGACAUCGACUACAUCAACGAACGCAACAUGAGAUUCAACAAGAAGGCCGAGAGAUUCUACGGCAAGUACACCACAGAAAUCAAACAGAACUUAGAGAGAGGCACAGCCGUGUAGUCAAACUACGUGGUACUUUGCCAGGAUAUAGAUGGAUUACACAUAGCAACAUCGACCGCUAUAUUUGAUGAUAAACAAUGGAAAGGUGCAUGCAUGUUUCUUUACACAGUCAGGUACUUUUAGUCAAUUGAAAAACACAAGACCACCAGACUUUUUCAAUCCAGAGUUUACUGGCCGAGGCAAAAAUCACUGUCGUUGGGCCGCCUGCGGUCCAGUGUUAAUUUCAAGCUCUUUCUAACAUCAAAAGUACUAUGGAAAUCAAAUGUAAGCUAGAGUGAGGCAGGCACAUGAAGUCAAAAAACAGGGGUUUUAAGGACAAUCUUCGGUAAUGUUGGCAAAGGACUGAGAGAGUUUAUUGUAAAUAUCAUCAAAAUAAAACAUCCAGAAAAAGAGGAAUGGCUGUCUGGUUCAAUGUAUCACACAGUUGUAAACCCCGCGUGUUGUAACAUGCAAUUUGUCGUAACCCAAGUAUAAAAGAGAUUUUUAUUGGAAAGACGACCACAAUUGGAACCAAAACCAGAGUGAGAAGAAGAUUGGUGAUGGAACUUCCAAUUGCAAGUGGUGAGACAGUCUUUGGUGACAUUCUCACUCCAUCAAUUUUAGCCAAAGCAUUUUUUAUGGAGUUGUAAUGUGGGUGUGUCAAUUUCAUAAAGCUUAAGCAGAAAAUACUGCAAAGCAAUUUCUCUGCUAAGCCACAAUUUAGUGGGGCACCAGUCACAAAACUUCAUAUAAUUUCGGCUGGUGACCUAUUUCUGUCAAUCAAUAUUCUUCUUUGGCUUAGCAAGUUGUGCUUACAGGCUUCAUGAAAUUGAGCCCUGAUGUAAGAAGUUUUUCAUAAUUCCGCAAAGACUGCUGCAGUCACAUCAACAUUCUAUGUAUUUUACACUAAAUAUUAUUUAUUUUAAAUCCUCUACAUAUGUAUCCCUAUAAAACCACAAGACUUAAAAAGAUUGGCAGCUUUUAACAAAAAUAUUAUUUCUGAGAAUUGUCCUGUAUGUUUAUUAUAAACAAUGAUGUACACAUGUUGUUGUCCAUAUAUACAAGCUGCAAUUUUGGGGGAAAAAGGGUGAAUUCAUCAUUUGUUUAAUCCUAAUAUCGAUCUACCAUGUAUAUGUAUAAGACCACCUUGGUAAUUUUUCAAACAAUAUCUUGCGAAUCCCAAGAAAAUUAUGAGACGUGCAAAUGUGAAUGGAUUCUCUUCUUUGAGAUUGCAUGGAACUGGUUGCCUGUAAAUUGCCUUGUGUGACAUGGCACAAUAUUGACCAUUGUAUCAAAGUGUACUCGACCAUGCAUGAUCAGUGAAGCGUGAGAAUGGUUUUGAAGGGUAACAAAAAAAAUGGGGUCCAUAUCCUACCAGGGCCCAAUUUCAUUAGACUUAUUGAAGAACAAAAAGAAGCUUAGCACAGCAACAUUGUGCUGACCAGAUUUAGCCAAAAUACAAUGUAAAAUGUUAAAUUUUUGACUGGUAUCCUGCACAUAAUUUUAGCAAUUAUUUACUUUUUAGAAACCUCUGAUUUUGUAGUGCUCUUUCCAAAGUGGAAAGUGGUUUUCUUAAAACAUGAUGGGCAGUAAGUUACAGAAAGUAGUCUUAGAAGCUGUAAAUAAUUGUCCUCUGUAGUCCUUAACACCCGACUGUAUUUGUAAAAUAAUGUAAAUUAAUUAAAACAAAGCAGAACAAAAAUCUUUGAAUCAAUGUGGUAUUUCAUAUUAAAUUUUAAAUUGUGACAAACACAGGCAUGAUACCUUGUCCUUGGGAGAGAAAAGUAGGAAUAUUUUAUUGAACACAAUGGCUGACGCGGUGUAGGCUGACGCGGUGUAGGCUUACCUAGACAUUUCAGGCUGUUUAAUCACAAUUUUUUUUCCCAAGGGGAAAAUAAACAUUGGAAAACACUCCGACUAGAAUAGGAAAAAUAUCAUGCCUGCUAACAGUACCUGGUUACAUCGUAACGGACAAUCAAGUUUCACUUGAAAAUGAUGUUUUUACAAAGACGCAGUAGUCAGACAUAAAAGAAAUACAAAUUGUAAUGCAAUAAUUGAGACAAAGGUUAUUACUGCAUUCCAGCAACCAAUGUGCAUUAUAAGCCAGUCUAGAUGGCAGAUAUUUAUAUAACAACAUUUUUUGCAACCUAUUAAAAUAUCCUCUAUGAUUUGAAGAUAGA